AUGUCGUCGGAAGGGCAUAAUAUCUAUACCCAUGACUUUCGUCCUCCGUACCGCAAGUCGGUCCAUCCUCAAAAGAUUGCUGCACCCAAGCGGCCAGCCCCGGACUUGAAGCAUGAGACGAUUGUUCUUGACGGAGGCAAAGUACUCCUCGAGAAAGAUGUAGCAGUCCGCAUGCGAGAUGGCGUCCACUUAUAUGUCGAUGUCUACCGUCCUGUCCCAGACGUCGCGGCAAAGACACCGACCAUCGUAUUCUUUGCGCCUUUCGGCAAGCACGGUGCUGUGCCACGCGAGCUAUUUCAGAAUAUGGGGGUCGAUUUCAGCAAGCUCUCCAAGUAUACGCAUUGGGAGCUGCCCGACCCCCUGAGAUGGUGUGCAGAAUUCCACUAUUCCUUUGUGAGCGUGGAUCCCCGUGGCUGUUGGUGGUCAGAGGGCGAAGCUGCUCAUUUCUUCUCGCCAGAAGAGGGACGAGACGGGUACGACGUGGUUGAGUGGAUCGCUGAGCAAGAAUGGUGUACUGGCGCUGUGGGCUGGGGAGCAGUAUCUUAUUUUGCCAUGUCCAUCUACCAGACUGCGGUUCUGCACCCACCUCAUCUGAAAGCGAUAAUGCCUUGGGAGGGCAUCAGCGACAUCUACCGUGAGGUCAAUUGUCCGGGUGGAAUCCCUAACGUCGCCUUCCAGCAGCUUUGGAUGGACAUGACCGGCAAUGGCUUGAACAAGAGUGAAGAUCAUGCUGUGGCUGCAAUCGAACGUCCGCUUUAUGAUGCUUGGUGGCAAUCAAAAGUUGCGGACUGGUCUUUAAUCAAUAUUCCGGCGUUCUCGGUGACCGGCUGGUCGAGUCUCGGGCUUCAUCUACGUGGUACCAUUGAGGCAUGGUCACAAUUCUCUUCGAAGGACAAAUACCUCCUCGUUCAUGCCGGUCGAGAAUGGGGUGAGUAUUACAACGAACACAAUAUCCAAAGACAAAAGCAGUUUUUCGACAGAUAUCUCAAAGGUAUAAAGAACGGAGUGGACAAUUGGCCCCGAGUCACAUACGACGUGCGAAGCUCAGCGACUCAGUCAACCCAGCGGACCACAAAAGACUUUCCACCCAAGGCACAGUUCACCCGGCUUAUACUCUCCCCGGCGGGACUGACGCAACAGCCUGUCACCAAGGCAGACUCUGUGACAUUCCGAGCUCACGAACCAGGUUCAGUGGCAACUUUUGACCACAAAUUCACGGCUCCGACGGAGAUCACAGGCUACUCUUCGGUCCGACUUUACAUUCAAGCACUCAACUAUCCAGAUGUCGAUCUCUAUGUAGCACUGCAAAAGCUUGACAAGGACGGCAAUGAAGUCAAAUUCUAUCACUCGACCCAGCAGAUCGAGGCAUCAGCGUCGUUUGGAUGGUUACGUGUGUCCCACAGAGAGCUUGAUACCAGCAAGAGCAGGCCGGAAAGGCCAUAUCACACUCAUCAAAAGCGGCAGUGGCUAACCCCAGGGGACAUCGUUGGAGUUAGUGUUGAAAUCUGGCCGUCAAGUACAACCUGGGAGACAGGAGAGACGCUACGAUUGGUGGUCAAGGGAAGCCCUUUUACGAACCAGCAGAACCGGACACAAGUGAAGGGCCCCAAUCAUGGAUGGGGCGACGUCAAGAUAUGGACUGGUGGAGAAUAUGAAAGCUCAUUACUCGUACCCAUGGUCUAG